AAUCUUUGGCUUAUUUACCUGUCAAUAAAACAUAACUCAUCAAAGCAGAAAACGGAGAACAAAAAACGGAAAAACAUCACGAUUGUGCAAGGAAAUCCCUCUCUUCCGAGUGCUUUUUGUCGAUAUCUGUGUCUUGUGUUUCGUCAAAGUUACUGAACAGUUGACGCAACCAAAGGAAGUGAAACGGCACACGGUACGAUUGCCAUUUCUUGAGCGCGAACCAACACUACCCACCACAACGAAACAAACAAACACACAUCACAAUGGCGAUAAUCGAAAGCAUUCGCCAGGCGUACUGGUUCGAAGUGCUUCCCCGGAGAACGAUCCUUGCGACGGUGGUAGCAGCACUGCUGUUCUUCUCCGGAUGGUGGAUCAUCAUCGACACGGCAUCGGUGUACCCGAAAUCGUUCAACUUUUCCUACUACAUCUGCGGUAUCCUAGGGACGAUCAGCUUCAUCAUGGUGAAUGCUGUAACGAACGAAAUGCUUCACGGCGCUCCCAAUUACACGGGCGGUAUCAUGGGCGGUAGAGGCAUCAAGGUGUUUCUCUUCACCGGAUUCGUGCUCGGCUUCACCUCGAUCAUCGCCACCAUCUGGAUUAUGAUUGCCGAGUUUACCGUGAACGAGUCGCGAACCGACAAGUACCCGGGGUACGCUCUGCUCAUGCACAACGUGUUCAUCUUCCUAGCCACCCUGAUCUACAAGUUUGGUCCCCCGACGGAGAGCGAUUAUUUGGGCAAUUUCUAAGAUGGUCAGUCUGAUGAAUUGACCGCCCAUCGUGCCGGAUACAUCCACGAAUCAUCCGAAACCAUCAACGACGCUGGGUAAACCGUACUUUAAAUAGGUGUCCUUACACCAUCCACGCUUCAAAUUCCUCCCCCCCAUUAGUCGCGGUGAUUUUUUAUUGUGAUUCCCGUACAGCGCGCUGGCUGGGCUGCGAUAGUUCCACCCUCGGUGAGGCAGUUGCGUCGCUUCUCACAUAUACACACACACUCAUGCGAUGUCGAAAGAGGAAGUAACGUUUUGAUUAUUUGAAAAAAAAAACCAUUUUCUUGAUAAGUAAAUCCUCACAUCCUCGAAUGUCUUAUCGGUCGGUAAGGAGAGUGAUCGUACAAACACGAGUGUGCUGCUGCUGCUACCGUCGAUUUGAACGAUCAUCGAUCCCUUCUUGCCUUUCGAAAACUGACUGGAGUUGCUGUCCUAGAGAAUCGAAAAUUUGAAGAAACGAAAUGAAAAAAAAAAAACUUGCGCAGCUUCUGUAUGUAAAAAAGGCAAAAUAUCGCUCCCCCUUAUAAACCAUGAACUAACCUACCACGAACAAGUAAGUGUAAACACAAUAAACAAGUAUCAUUUAUUUAUAUA